AUGGCAUCUCUCAGAAGCUGGCUCAGCAUCGACGCCAAAAGCCAUUUCUCCAUCCAAAACAUUCCCUUCGGCAUCAUCUCAACACCGACACUCCAGCAACCUCGCACUGCUGUAGCCAUCGGCAAUUAUGCUUUGGAUCUGCAUGCAUUCUCCCAAGGCAAUGGAUUCUCGAAGCUGUCCAUCAUUCAGCCUCACCGAGCCGUCUUUUCGCAACCGACCCUCAAUGCCUUUGCAGCUCUCGGACGACCAGUGCACAGAGUGGUGCGAGAAUACUUGCAGAGUGUAUUACUCGACGGCGGCCCCUUCCCGGACGUGCUAGAGCAGAACAAGUCUCUCCAGCAGGAAGCACUUAUACCCCUCGACCAAGUCACUACGCAUCUUCCAAUGCAGAUUGGUGACUAUACAGACUUUUACGCCGGUCUCAAUCAUGCUUACCAAGUCGGUGUGCUGUUCCGCGGUCCAGCAAAUGCACUACAGCCAAAUUACAAGCAUCUACCUGUUGGUUAUCACGGUCGAGCCAGCUCGGUAGUCGUCUCUGGCACACCGAUCGUGAGGCCUACUGGACAAAUACUCCUAAAUCCAGCGGUCGAGAAGAAGGAGCCUGUCUUGAAGGCCUGCAAGAAGCUUGAUAUUGAGCUAGAGUUAGGAUGUUUUGUGUGCAAACCCAAUACUAUGGGUCAGCCGAUCGGUGUGACGGAAGCGCCGGAGCAUCUUUUCGGGGUGGUGCUAAUGAACGAUUGGUCUGCCCGUGACAUCCAAGCGUGGGAGUACGUGCCACUGGGACCUUUCAAUGCCAAAAACUUUGGCACGACCAUCUCGGCCUGGGUUGUGCUUAUGGAUGCACUGGCACCAUUUGCUACUGAUGGUCUGGAAAACGAUACGAAAUUAUUGCCGUAUCUUGACGAGGCAGGCCGCAAAUCUCAUUAUGCCAUUGAUCUCUCGUUCGCCCUGACUCCGGCUGGUGGAAGUCCAACAACCAUAUCGCGGACUGAAGCCACUCAGUUACUCUUCUCCUUCCCUCAAAUGCUGGCACAUCACACCAUAGGAGGUUGUCCAUUCAAGGUCGGUGAUCUGUUAGGCUCAGGGACGAUCAGUGGCACCACGAAGGACUCGAAAGGCGCAUUGUUGGAGGCAACGGAGGGCGGGAAGCAUGGAUUGCAACUGACAGAUGGAGGAACGCGCACAUUCCUGGAAGACGGCGAUACUGUCAUUCUGUCGGGAGUGUGUGGAAAGGAAGAUUACGGGCUUGUCGGCUUUGGUGAAUGCAUCGGCCAGAUACAACCUGCACUUGACCUUAAGUUCUAA